AUGUCCAUCCCCCCUCCCCCAACAGGCGAAACCAUCAUCUACCUAGACUCCAACUACCACCCCCUCCCCCUUGACUUCUUCCCCUCCCCACACACCUACACCCCCUACCCGCACACGCCCCUUCCCCUCAUCGCCCCCCGCAUUCUCCCCGCAACCAUCCUCCUCACCUCCCUCUGCCCCCUCACCCGCACCACUCUCUCCCUCCUCCCCCCCUCCCAGCUAAAACUCAUAAUCAUCACCUCCGUCGGCACCAACCACGUCGAUCUGGCCUACUGCGCAGAAAACAAUAUCCAAGUCUCCAACAUGCCCGACACGAAUACGGAGACGGUAGCGGAACACGCGAUGGCGCUUUAUUUUGCGGUCAAGAGGGAUGUGGUGAGUUUGCAUGAGUGGACGAUGAGGGGGGAGGAAUGGGGGAGGGUGGGAACGGGGAUUCUGGGUAUGAAUACUUGGGAGGGGGGUGGCGCGAGGAGUUGUAAGAGGGAGGUGGUGGGGAUUGUGGGGGGUGGGAAGAUUGGCCUCGCAAUCUCCAACCUCUGCACCGCCCUCGGCAUGAAAGUCCUCAUCUCGGAGCGCAAAUCCCUCCCGCAAUCCCAAGCCCGCGUCGGCCGCACUGCUUUCUCCACCAUCCUCACUCAAUGCACCACCAUAAUUCUCUCCUGUCCCCUCUCCCCCUCAACCCAAAAUCUCAUUUCCUCACCUGAACUAUCGUUGAUGCGUCGCGAUGCGAUUCUCAUUAAUGUAGCGCGCGGUGGAGUAGUUAAUGAAGCGGAUUUAGCGAGAGCGUUGGAUAGUGGGGAGAUUUUGGGAGCGGCGACGGAUGUUUUUGAGAGGGAACCGGCGGAGAAGGGUGGGAGUCCGUUGGUUAGAAAGGAGGGAGAAGAGAGAGUGAGGAAUUUGAUUGUUAGUCCUCAUGUGGCUUGGUUUGGGAGGGAUAGUCAAGAGAAGUGUGUUAAGGCUAUUGCGGAGAUUUUUGAGGGGUAUUUGAAGGGGGAGAAGAUUAAUUGUGUGGUUUAA